UCGCCUCGACGGGUGCAUCUCGACGCGGCAGUCCGCGGUCGUCUCCUAAGGCGGGCUCAUUUAGAGUCGCUCCAGCAUCCGGCGUCCACGUCGCGCGGCAAAUACACAUUUCGAGUACACGUUCCUCUUCGAUCAUCAAUCCCUUUUUGCCGACCCUUGGUCCCUCUGCGUCCCAUCCUUCUUUCCGCGACAUAUUUAUCGGUUCACACUAUUUUUUCCUCGAUUUCUACUCCCCCUCGAUCGUACUAUCCCAUCUCUUCGAACGGAAGGGUAGCCUGUGUGGUGGAGUCGGAUGGACUCUGGCGCACGUGCGGAUGCGUGUUCUCCAACUUGCGGGUAAAUCAAGAUCGCGUUUCUUAAAGUCGAUGCUCUCCGCUACUCCUCAUUUUAUCGAUAACCCAGCCGUACCGGAAGUAGAGCGAUAGUUUCCGAGAUCGAGCCUUUCGCGUUUGCAGAUCAGAUUGGCAGCCCUCGUUGGCGGGGUUUCCGAGUGCCUAGGGAAACCUAGAGAAGCUAGUCGAGUGAAACGAGGCGACGUUCGCCGCCUCGCGACCCGGGAAGGUCGCGUAGGCGUCGUGGUUGGGCGUUGGGGUCGUCGACACGACGGCGAGCGCGUCAAGGAGGAGGAGGAGAACGUGGGGGAGGAAGAGGAGAAGGAGGUGGACGACGACGACGGAGGAGGCUACGAUACGAGAUCGCGUUUAGCGUUUCGGCUAAUGGUCGAGGCGCCGAUCCGUCACAUCACACUCAAGUUCCCGAUGCUGCAGCCACCGUCUCCCCUCCUGGAGAUUGCGUCCCUGCGUUUACCGGACUCGGACGAGUUCGACGUUGACACGCGACGCAGGAGCAACAACGUGCCGGUCACGACGGCGCUCGCGCCACCGGCCACCGGCACCCUUCACAUGCAGAACGAUCUCGGCGAUUACCUCAACAAUCUGAUCACGGAGGCGAUCGCGACGACGAGUCCACGCGCCACCAUGGACGAUCAUCAUCACCAGGUCCACUCGGGGCUGUUCAACGCCAGCGAGACGUUCGCGAACGUAUCGGCGAUCGGCGAGCAUAUACCCGAUCGUUUCUACCGACACAGCAUGGCCAUGUCGGCGGUCUACUGCGUGGCUUACGUGGUCGUCUUCGUGGUCGGUCUCAUCGGUAACAGUUUCGUCAUCGCCGUCGUAUACCGGUCUCCCCGCAUGAGGACCGUCACGAAUUUUUUCAUCGUCAAUCUUGCGGUGGCCGAUGUGCUCGUGAUCGUUUUCUGCCUGCCGGCCACGUUGAUGAGCAACAUCUUCGUCCCGUGGAUCCUGGGAUGGUUCAUGUGCAAGGCGGUCGCUUAUAUACAGGGCGUCUCUGUAGCGGCCUCCGUAUACAGCCUAGUCGCGGUUUCCUUAGACAGAUUCUUGGCGAUCUGGUGGCCGUUAAAAUGCCAAAUCACAAAACGACGGGCCCGCAUGAUGAUCGUUGUGAUCUGGUUCAUCGCUCUGACGAUGACGUCACCGUGGUUGCUGUUCUUCGAUCUGGUCUCCAUCUACGAAGACGAGCCCGAUCUGCGCCUCUGUCUGGAAACGUGGCCGCAUCCCGAGGAUGGCACGCUUUUCUUCCUGAUCGGCAAUCUGAUUCUUUGCUACGUGCUGCCAAUGAUUCUCAUAUCCCUCUGUUACAUUCUCAUAUGGAUCAAGGUGUGGCGCAGGCACAUACCCACCGACACCAAGGACGCCCAGAUGGAGAGGUUACAGCAGAAGUCAAAGGUGAAGGUAGUCAAGAUGCUGGUCGUGGUCGUCAUACUCUUCGUUCUCUCGUGGCUGCCUCUCUACGUAAUCUUCGCCGUGAUCAAGCUGGGCGGUGACCUUGUACAGGGAGAAGACGAGAUCCUGCCGAUCGCUACGCCGAUCGCCCAGUGGUUGGGCGCCAGCAAUUCCUGCAUAAAUCCGAUCCUCUAUGCCUUUUUCAACAAGAAGUAUCGACGCGGCUUCAUCGCCAUCCUCAAGAGCGGUCGGUGCUGCGGCAAGCUCAGGUAUUACGAGACCGUCGCGAUGAUGUCCUCUUCGACGAGCAUGAGAAAGUCCUCCUAUUACGUCAACAACAACAACAACAAUUCGUCGACGAGACGCGCCUGGCAUGGGCCGCCGGUCCACCAGGACAGCAACGUCUCUUAUAUAUUCAACCACACCGGCGUGUAAUCGCGGUCGUGGGUGCCCCGAGGUGGUCUCGUUUCAUUGCACGGAUUUAAUAAUACCCGCUCGACGGGGUGGAUAAAUUGGAGAGAGAAGAGAGCACAUGGCGGCCUUCGCAUCUGACGGAUCUCCUGUCAACGCGCGGUUAAAUCCGAGAUUUAACCAAAGUCAGCCGGUCCGAGAAUUAUGGAUCACUCGGGUGAUCGAUAUGAUUGUUACUUCGGGCCGGAAAUCAGAGACUGAAAGAUGAUCGAGAGAUUUCUAUGAAGGCAGUAAUGAAGACGCGCAUUUUUCGCGACAGAGACGACAGUUAUCGUUGUUGCUAUUGUCCUUGGGAGAGACGUCGUUUUUUGGAUUUUGUCACAAUGUAACCGCUGCGUACAUGUAAUACAAUAGUCGUUAAGACAAGUUCGCUUAGAUACGACACAAUUCGUGUCUGUAGCUUUUCCCGGAAUCAUUCGAAGAGAGACGCGACGACGGCAUUACGCUUCAAUGAACCUUACAAUUUCUUUUUAUCUAUAUCUAUGUCAAUGAUAUUUGUACGCCAUUUUGAAGAGAAGAGGGGAAAGUUGGUUAGAUCUACCAAUUAAAGCGCGCGUGUUUGUUACGAUUGUGACGGUGCAUGCAUCAUCCUUUGCCCGUCGACCACGUAAUUAGCGCGACAGCGCAGAGUGGCGUGAUGAUGACUCGAGAUGAUGACUCGGGAUGAUGACUCGCGGGCGAGCGGAUGCGCGCGAGUCGACUCGUUGUCUCUCGACGGCGAACACCAUGGCUCGUGAUAGACAAUUAGUCGGUGCUCGCGACUUCUCGGCGAAGUAGUCGCGUAAUUAAAGGGGGCGGAAGUGGUGGCGUGCGGAAGCACGCACUUUACACGGUGCACUCGAUCGAGCAGAGGAGUCGACACGAACGGCGUGGCGUAAGAAUUGUUUUCGGUUCAUCGGAUUUUCGAUUACGGAUCAAAAGAUGUAGAUGGUGCGGAGAUCGUGUAAAAUAUCUGAUUUUUAUCACUGAUUCACGCGGGUUAAUUCAAACAUACAGUUUGACAGAAGGGUAAUUUGUUUAUAUAUUUGCCGGCCUUUCUCAUGAAAAGGCGCGCGAUUCUUUGUAAAAGUCACAUUGUUAUAUCGAUGCUGCUUUCUUUCUCCAACAUUCUGGAAAUAUGACAGAAUGGAGAAAGAAUUUGUUUAAACAGUAAAAAAUAAAUUAAUCAACUCUUUGUAAAACACUACCUCCACAUGUA